AUGUACUUCGAGCCAAAGGGUGCUGGUGAUCACUUGGCACAUUGGGUGACACUUCGAUCCAUCGCACAAAUUCACAGACGUGGUGUCUGGCGCUUCUCGCGAAACUGCUUGAUUUCCCAGACGUUUUCCAAGCAAUUGAAGAGAAAGCACAAGAUACCAUGCGACAAAUACGCCUAUCGGCCAAGCCAGGUAGACAUGGCAUUUGUGGAAACGCGAGAGACGCAAGCUGAUCCAGGCUCUAGUCAAGAAAUUACUAUGUCAGCAGGAGACAGCGGAGCGUGCUGGGCCCGGAAUUCUCUCGACAGCUGA